CAUUUUGAAUUCAGACAUUUUACUUAUUCCCAAGAUUUUGAUACAUUAAUAAUUUUGCUUUAAAAUAGGCCUUUAAUUGUCUACUUUUUUAAAUUAUUUAAAGUUCAGUUAUAGUUAAAAUGGCUAUUAGAAAUCCCCGCCUUCCGCUGUUACCUGGCUAUGGCACUAACCCGCUGCUAGGAAAAAAGAAUUUCGGAGUACGUCCAGUAUUUGCAUCUAUUGACAAAGUCAAUAUGCUAGUUGACAAAGCUGAAGGCGUGAAUAAAGUUCCGUCGAUGUACAGUCGGAAACAGGCACCUGAUCUUCCAACUUGGAUCAUGUAUGAUAAGAACAUUUUACGGUUUCAAGGGUUCUUUCAACAAUCACUGCAUGAAAUGCGGUCAGCAUCUCAUAUUUUACGUAAAGUUGAUAUUUUCUUUUUUCUCGAAGAUGGUACUAUAAAGGUUAUAGAGCCGAAGACUGAGAAUAGCGGAUUGUCGCAAGGUACUUUGAUAAGUCGCCAAAGAAUACGUUUGCCUUUCAGUUACGACAUGUACUAUGAUGUGCUUGAUUUAAACAUUGGCCGUGAAGUUACAUUUUAUGGAAAAACUUUUAAGAUUGUAAACUGUGAUAAUUUUACAAGAGUAUUUUUGAAUCGUCUUGGUAUAAACGUACCUGAUCCUAUUCCGUGGCCCGAUGCAAUUGAGAGAUCACCUGCCGGUGGAAAACCUCCGAAACAGCGACCUUUUAAGCAAUUCCUGGAUUAUGACAGACAAGUUUUAAGGUUUUACGGAUACUGGGAUGAUCGGGAUUCAGAAUUUGGUAUAUUACACAACAUGGAAAUUCAUUACUUUCUGGCGGAUGAUACCAUCGAAAUAAAGGAAGUCAUGCCAGCCAAUUCUGGAAUGGAAGCCGGCCCUAUGUUCUUGAAGAGAAUGCGGUUACCACGAAAAAUACCUUCGCAUGUCGAAAUGACGGGUGGUCCGAAGCAGGCCUCUUAUGGUCCGGCGGAUCUAAGCAUCGGUGCUAUUUUAAACGUUUUUGGUCGUAAUGUAGUUUUGACCGACUGUGAUCCAUUCACUAAAGAAUAUUACAGAGUUACAUACGGAUUUGACACUUUCACACCGUUGACAAUACCAAACAAGGAUAGUUCAGAAUGUGUGAGCACUAAUGUAUCAGAACGGAAGUUGCCUCCAUGGAACGGCUACGGAUCCUACGACGAUUCAGCUGAGAACUGUCGUACUGUGGAACCGAAGGCACCUCAUAGGGACUUUAUGAAAUUUAUUCAUAAAGACAGGGUCGGCUUUGAUUCUCAUAUUCUUCGAUUUGCUGCUCGACUCAUAACCGACAACCCUGAAGAUGAACGCCGCUAUUUUAUUGUUAAAUACUUUUUGUGUGAUGAUACAAUUGGUAUCUUUGAGUUGGGCGAAAGGAACUCCGGUUUCAAGGGUGGUAAAUUCUUUCGACGCGACAAGAUGUAUCUGCCAGACGUUGAAUUUUUCGUUCCGAACGAACCGCCCGCGUACACAGACAAAGACAUGUGGGUCGGAAACGAGCUGGUCAUCAACAAGCAUCGUUUUCGUCUCAUUUCCGCUGACGAAUACGCUUUGCGAUAUUUAGAAUUGCAUUCGGACGAGUAUCCUAUGGCGAACAUAGCUUUGAUUAUGGACAAGAUUCGAAGGUUUUUGGCGUCUCAAGAAAAUGGUUAUAAAAACUUUGUGGCUAAAUACAUGGAAGCUGUUUUACCAAAUAAUAAGGAACUUAUGAGCGUCCGAUGUUUCAAGCAAGCUCUGAAGGAAAUAAUGUGCGAAAAAAUGACACAACACGAGUUUUUGACUUUGGUUAGACAUUUUCGAGGUGAUCCAGGGAAAGAGAAAAGCCCGCGACGUGAAAUGAUUAGGUCGUUAGUGUUUACGGAGUUGACCCGUGGCCUGUGGGACGACCGCGCCCGGCUGCGGGAGGGGCUCGUGCACGCCGACGAGCUCGGCACCGGGGCGGUGGCGCCGGAGCGCCUGCGACAGCUGCUCCGCGCCCACCGACUCACUAUCAACACCGACCUCAUGGACUGCAUGCUGCAAGUAUUGGAAAAGGACGAAAACUGUAACAUUUACUAUGAAGAUUUGUUGAAGUUUUUGGAUUUCCAAACUCGACCAGUGUUCAAUCUGACGGAGGAUGAUUAUCAGAAGGUCGUCAGGCACGCGCCACCGCUGAAAGAUACUGAGUGCAAAUUGUGGGCCGAAAACGAGAAUCUCAUCCAGGAAGGCUACGUCAACUGGAAUGCAUUCCUGUGCCAACUCAACUUGGAACAUCUUGUGAAAGAACAAUCUUAGAUUUACAUUUAUAUUUUUGAUAAUUUGG